AUGUCAUCGUCCACUCGACCUACCCUCCGACCCAAUCCAUCCCUUCCAUCUCAUCUUAAACCACCCCAUGCUCACACCAGCUCACAGUCCCAAUCCAGAUCAUCUACUCCCACUCCGCACAACCAACAACACAACUACGUACCCUCAUUCGACGACGUUGGAUUAUCUGCCAAUGGGAUAAACGAGCGAGCCCUAUUUUCCGAACAUAAUACUCCGAUUCCUUCCCCUUUACCUCAAACACCCGAAGACCCGUUCAAUGGGAAUGGGACAGUCGAUGAUGCAGAAGACGAUGUACCCGAAUGGCGAAAACCUAGUCCCAGAUGGUUAUACCCUUUCAUCCUUGGUGUACCACUGUGUAUAGGGAUGUCAAUCGCACCCAAAGCUGAGUUGUUCGUUAAUCUAGCUUGUCUUGCUCAUCCCCCAUCAGCUACGAAGGAUUCGACAGGUGGCCAUCACCUGCGGGCUAUCGAAGAGGUACAUAUCAAUCAAGCCUAUAAUCUGGGGAUACAUAAUUAUGUACAUACACCUUUGACAAAAGGGGAUCAAGAUCAAACACUUGUACCAUUACCUGUCGAUCGUCAGAUUCAACCUCAACCCGAACCCAAUGGCAAUAUCUCGAUUGGAGACGAUUACGUGUUAUCACCGGCAGAUAAAUGGUUCUUAAAAUUACAACAUGAUAUAUAUCAGUAUCAUUUACAUCAUCCAUCGAACAAUUCAAGUAAACAUUCACCUGUACCAUCAGGAAGACCCAUUAUCGUUGUUCCACCUGGACCUGAACCUUCCGAACCAUUACCGAAACCUGACGAACCACUUCCCUCUGAUCGAGAUGAUGAUAAGGAUCAUCAAGGACAAUCGCCAGUUCCAUCAGAUGAUAAAGAUGGAGGUAAGCAAGAUCAUAGGCAGUAUGAGGAGAUCGAUCCGAGAUUGUGUAAGAAGGAUCCGAAAGUGCAGGCUGCAGCUGCCAAAUUGACCAUGUUGAUGACUCUCACGAUGGGAUUGUUAUCUGCCUUGACGACUGGAUUUUGGGGUCAAACGUCUGACAAAUUGGGUAGAACCAAGAUCAUCGCUUUUGUAGAGAUUGGAUUAUUGCUCAACGAAAUAUGUUUCAUCGUCGUGGCCAAUUUCCCGUACCUCGUUCCAGGUGGAUAUCGAGCUUUGUUACUUGGACCCACCAUCGAAGGACUACUAGGAGGAUACAGUACGAUCUCAGCUACACUCAACGCAUACGUAUCGGACAUCACACCCGAUGGAAGUCGAGUCACCCUCUUCGCUAGGAUUAGCGGUAUGUUCAUGGCUGGGUUUGCGUUAGGUCCAGUUCUGGGAAGUAUGUUGAUCACUUGGAGUGGUGAUAUUAUGACCCCAUUCUAUGUCAACGCAAUAAUAUAUACCCUCUACAUCCCCUUGAUAGUGUUUCUCUUACCAGAAUCAUUAUCUUCCCAAGCCCGUCUACAAUUAGCCAAAAAUGCUAAGCUUGCCAAGGAAGAGGCUAAGAAGAGAGAUCAACUUGAGAGAGAAUGGGAGAACGAAACUCCCUUCCCUCCUGAUGGAGUUGAAGGGGAGAGUGAUCCACUGUUAUCUGGUUGGUCAAGAAUAUCAAAUAAUGCUCAAGCUUCGAAAGCCCGUAAGAGGACAAUCGGGAACUUCAGACGAUUGAUGAGGAAAGUUUUUGGGUUCUUACAACCUCUUAGUAUAUUCAUACCAGUCAAGAAAGAGGGAGAGAGACAUAGGGAUUGGAAUUUGACAGUUGUAGGAGCGGGAUUGUUCUUCAUGAGUAUGGUAUUUGGUAUCAUGGCUAUAAAAGCGCAAUUUACGUUCUACGCCUACGGGUGGACUUCGGCUCAGCUCGGCCCUUAUAUGUCUGUCACUGCUUUCUCGAGAAGUUUCGUUCUCAUCGUCUUGGUACCGGUUGUCAUGCACUAUGUCAAGCCUCGGUUCCUCGCCAACGAAAAGGAUUCCAAUGCAAUUGCCAACCCAACGAUCGAAGAGGAAGUGAUAGAAGAUCCGACUUCUUCAGCCAUUACAGCCAAUUCCACAUCCUCCAACCCAGCCAAAACCAAACAACCACAACGAUCUGCUCACCUCGAUUUACUCACCGUCCGUAUCGCUCUCGCACUAGAAACGGUCCCUUACCUCCUCCUGGCACUAUCACCUUCCCCUAUGGGAUUCGUCGUACUCUCUAUGCUAUUGACUCUGGGGGGCCCUUCCAACCCCGCUGCCAACUCUUUGGCAUUAUCUCUAUUACCGGAUUCCAACCAAUCCGGGCGGUUAUUCGGCGCGUUGAGUGUUUUACAUGCCUUGGGGGCAAACUUGAUUUCCCCUUUGAUGUUCGGUACCGUAUUUGCUUCGACGGUGGGGACAUACGCUCCUACGAUCUUUGCGAUUGCCGCGGGCAGUUUGAUAUUGGCUCAAAUUUGUAUGGCAUUUGUGAGACUGGAUAGACAUAAGAGUACUGGGAGUGGAAGUGGGGUGGAAGAGGAUUUGGGAGGGAGGGGAAGAAGUAGGAGGGUUAAGAGGGUUAGUAGUUCUAGUUUUAGUGUGGGUGGAAGUGGGAGUGGGGUGUCUAGAUCUGGUGGUGGGGGUGGUGGGACUUAUGGUGCGGUCGAUGAUAAUGGGAAUUAA